CUCCGCGUCCCCAGAGAGAGUCGCAACCGCCCCCUCGUCAAACCCGCCGACGAAGGGGGAGGACGGCGACGAAGUGCCCGUCGCCUUCAAAUCCCCCUCCCCUCGUCUUCUCCCCCCCCACCCAUCCCCCCCCCCCCCCCCCCCCCCCCCCUCCACAACCACCGCUCCUGCCUACCGGUGGAGGGAUUAAUCGGGGGCUUCCGCAGCAACCACCGGCGGCGGCGGCGGUUCACCGAUUCGCUUGCGAGGCGCUGCCGUCUGACCCUCUCCGUGGCGGCGAUGGGCCAGGGCGUCGUCGAGAUCCAGCCCCGCGAGCUCCAGUUCACCUUUGAGCUGAAGAAGCAGAGUUCAUGUUCUGUCCAUCUUGUCAACAAAUCCGAUGAAUAUGUCGCUUUCAAGGUUAAGACAACUUCCCCUAAAAGAUAUUGCGUCCGACCAAAUAUUGGAGUUAUCCUUCCAAGGGCAACAUGUGAUUUCACAGUUACCAUGCAAGCACAGCGUACUGCGCCACCAGACAUGCAAUUAAAAGACAAAUUUUUGGUGCAGACCACAGUUGUUCCUCCUGGUACAUCAGAUGAUGACCUCAUUCCUGCUUUUUUCUCCAAAGAAACCAACGCAUAUAUUGAGGAAAGUAAAUUGAGAGUUGUCCUUGUUGAUGCAUCUCGUCCUCCUGUGGAGCAACUGAUAAAUAAUGUCCCCAGCACUGAUGCGGCAGUUGAGGUUCCGGUGUUAAAAGAUACACCAAAUGUUCAGAAUGAAGUGCCAGCUAUGGAGAAAAAGGUUCCUGCCCCCCAGGAGAAAAUUUCAGCUGUUGUUCCUAACAUACCUUCCCCUGUCAGGGAGUCUCCAAUCCUUCAAGAAGUUCCUGUGCUACCGCAUGAAGAACCUGCUAUUUUGGCAGAAUCUCCUCCCCCUCUAAAAGACGAAUCUCCUCCCCCUCUAAAACAUGAAUCUCCUUCCUAUAUAAAGGAUACGUCUGCGGUUACCAUUGAACAGCUUUCUCCUCUGAAGGAAGAGACUGUAACUUCAAAGGUGUCUCCUCUGGAAGAAACUCUUCCGAAAGAAACUGUCACCGUAAGUGACCGAGGUUUUUUCAGUGUGCAGAAUCAUCAAUUAUCUCAU